AUACGACACCAAUGGGUCGGACACUGAAUCUCUUUGCCGAAGACAUGAAUGUGGUGGACGUCCUAAUCCGGCUAUACAGCGAGAGUGUUCGACAGAUCCGACAUCUGGACACUGGCACCCGAACCCGCAUAACAAGUCACUUAACCGAGACAUAUAACGGAACUGCAGUUAUCCGUGCCUUCGGUGCCGACCGGGACUUUGUCCGGGAAUCGCAACGACGUCUGGACGCACACAAUAGGUGUCAAUACUCUCUACUCGUGGCCAAGUGUUGGCUCGCCGUACGGCUCGAGUUCUUGGGCUAUAGUAUAGUGUUAUUGUCGGCGGUGUUUGCCGUUGCGUUCAGGCAUAAAAUGACCGCCGGUGUGGCCGCUCUGACCAUCACUUAUGCCGUAAACCUAACGGCAAUUAUGGCACGGGUUGUGUUGGGAGUGACGGAAACUGAAACAUAUAUGAUGGCUGUCGAGCGGUGUCUGACUUUUACUAAAAUACCAGUUGAGGCCGAGUGGUAUAACGAGAAGACAAAACCCGCGGACAACUGGCCGACAAUGGGUUGCAUUCAAUUCACAGACUAUUGCACUAAAUAUAGAUUUGGUUUGGAUUUAGUGCUCAAAGAUAUAGCAAUUGAUAUGAAAGGCCGACAAAGGGUUGCGAUCGUCGGCCGCACCGGCGCUGGA